CCGCCCUCGAUCCGUCCAUCUACCGAAAUGAGCGAGAUCGCCGUGCUGGGUAUGGGGAACCCCCUGCUGGACAUCAUUGCCGACGUGACGCCCGACUUCCUGGACUCGUACGGCAUCAAGCCCAACAACGCCAUCCUGGCGGAGGAGAAGCACCUGCCCAUCUACGCCGACAUGGACGCCAAGUUCUCCGUCACGUACGUGGCCGGCGGCGCCACGCUCAACGCCAUCCGCGUGUGCCAGGCGCUGCUGGGUCGCCCCAAGGGCACGGCCUACAUCGGGUGCAUCGGCAAGGACAACUACGGCUCGGUCAUGAAGGGCAUUGCGAGCAAGGAGGGGUUCAUCCCGCUGUUCGCCGAGAGCGACAAGAACCCCACGGGCAGCUGUGCGGUGCCGGUGGUGAGCGGGGAGCGGUCGCUGGUGGCCAACAUCGCCGCGGCCAACGACUACCCCAUCGACCACCUCAAGUACAAGGUGUGGGAGCAGGUCGAGAAGGCCAAGAUCUGCUACUCGGCCUCCUUCUUCCUCACCGUCAACCCGCCCGCCAUGCUGGCCAUGGCCGACCACUGCGCCAAGACCAACAAGCUCUACUGCAUGAACCUGAGCGCGCCCUUCCUGAUAGAGUUCUUCAGGGAGCCCAUGAUGCAGGUCAUGCCGUACGUCGACAUCCUCUUCGGCAACGAGUCCGAGUGCGCCCACUUCGGCAAGGUCCACGGCAUCGAGACCACCGACAACGUCGCCAUCGCCAAGAAGAUCGCCGAGAUGCCCAAGGUCAACCACAAGCGGCCCCGCAUGGUCGUCGUCACACAGGGCAGCGAGUCGACCAUCGUCGCCACACAGUGGAAGGGCGCCGGCGUCAAGGUCACCACCUACCCCGUCGAGCCGCUCGAGCGGUCCAAGCUGGUCGACACCAAUGGGGCGGGGGACGCCUUCGUGGGCGGGUUCCUCUACGGCCUGGCCAUCGACAAGGACCUGGACUUCUGCGUCUUCAUGGCCCACUACGCCGCACGGCACGUCAUCCAGCGGAGCGGAUGCACCUUUGAUUUCACUGGUGAGGUACGUAUGUGCCCAUACACACACACAGCACACACAGCACGGAGAGAGAGGGGGAGAGAGAGGGGGCGGGUGGAUGAAGGGAAUACGGGAAAUGGGCGCCACCAUCCCAUUCUCAUCUCGUGGUGACACUGUGUGUGUGUGUGUGUGUGUGGUGGUUGUGUGGUUUUUGUGUGUUGUUCAGAUCGCCCAGAUCACUAACAUGCUGAACGGGGUGCCCAACUGACCACUCCACAAGAAGCGGACGGACGGACGAUCGUCACCUUUGAAAUCUCUCGAAGAGAGCCUACACACACUCACACAUGGCAGACAUGGAUGAAUGGAUGGAUGUGGUGUCGUUUUGAGGCUGACUGACACCGAGACAGCCAACCAAUGAUGUGGGUGGCGUGACGUGAGGGAGGUAGCAAUGGCGCCGCUGUUGGCCAACAGCGGUUUCUGUGUUCGUGUACGUGCAGAGAGGUGCGCGUGGGGUCGGAUGGCUGGAUGGAUGGCUGGAUGGAUGGAUUUCAUGUUGCGUGUGGGUUUAAGUGUGCAUCUAUCUGGGUACAUGUGUGUGUGUGAUGUUGCCGUACAAGUGGGAGUGUGAAGGGCUGGCCGGCCGGAUGGCUGGCUGGCUGUCUCGUGUGGUCUGUCUGUCCCAUUUCUCCCCUCUCUCUUGCUUUUCUUUUCCCCCGCCUGACCGACAGACAGUGGUGUUUGUGUUCGUCAAGCCCCCCUGUUGUCUCUCUACCUGUCUGCCUGCGUGCAUGCCUGCGUGUGGGUGAGGUUGCGAGUUUUCCUGGCCGAUGAGUGGAUGGAUGGGCCGAACAGCCAAUUGCUCCCCGGCCGCUCACGCACCGACUCACUGGGACUCGGCAGACACAGACAGACAGACAGACAGAGGCUUCUUCCGUUCUAAUUACAUGGGCGUGCGAGUGGGGGAGGUGGUUUGGUGUGUUGCGUGUGCGCACCACGGCGGAAUGCAGAGAUGGCGGCAUAGCGUAGAUGCAUAGAGGAUACAGGUGUGCACUCGAAUCACACGCACACACGGUUGGUUGGUCGAUCGAUGUUGG